UGCUGUUCGAUCCACUGAGAGAGAGAGAGAGAGAGAGAGAGAGAAUGUGGUUGUUUAGCAGGAAAGGGGCAUCUGGGUUCUCGGCUUCCUCCACUGCCGAGGAAGUCACUCAAGGCAUCGAUGGGACUGGCCUCACCGCCAUUGUUACAGGAGUGAUCAUUUCUGCAGUGAUCCUACCACUGUCCAUAGUUGCAUAAGUUGAUGAUUACACUAAGACUGCCUUGGCAAGUAUUCCCACUUUACUGGCCAAGUUAGUUAAGCAUAGUACUCCACUGUAACUAAACCGAUAAUCCUCGCAAAGAGAAUGUUGUAAUCGCGUGCAAUUUUCUCCCUAAAACUGCUGACAUUUACCGAUGAAUUCCCUGUUAUUGAAUGGAUUUGGAGCAUCGCUGCAGGAGCAUCUAGUGGGAUCGGAAGAGAAACCACGCACGUGCUCGCAAUGCGAGGCGUGCACGUAAUCAUGGGAGUGAGGAACAUGACUGCUGGUAGAGAUGCCCGAGAAGCCAUAGUUAAGAAAAUUCCGACUGCUAAAGUAGAUGCCAUGGAGUUGGAUCUGAGUUCCCUUGCCUCUGUUCGGAAGUUCGCAUCAGAUUUCAACACAUCUGGCCUUCCACUUAACCUUCUUAUUAACAAUGCAGGUGUGAUGCUGACACCUUACACACUAUCAAAAGACAACAUAGAACUCCAAUUCGCCACAAACCACUUAGGUCAUUUCCUUCUAGCAAACCUUUUGUUGGAUCGCAUGAAGAAAACAGCUCGUGAAAGCAGCAAGGAAGGAAGGAUCGUAAACGUGUCCUCGGAGGCUCACCGGCUGACUUAUCGUGAGGGAAUUAAGUUCGAUAAGCUCAAUGACGAAGCAGGGUAUAGUAGUAUGGCUGCCUAUGGUCAAUCGAAGCUUGCCAACAUUCUACAUGCUAACGAGCUCACAAGGCAUUUGAAGGAACAAGGGGUGAACAUUACAGCUAAUUCGCUUCAUCCCGGAGUAGUCGCCACUAAUCUUUUCCGACACAUGAGCAUAUUUAAUGGGUUCACGGCUAUGUUUGGGAAGUAUUUGCUUAAGAAUGCCCAACAGGGGGCAGCCACGACCUGCUAUGUGGCAUUGAAUCCUCAGGUGAAGGGGGUCAGCGGCGAAUACUUUUCGGACAGUAACUUGUCCAAGGCAAGCUCGAAGGCCACGGACACAGAGUUGGCGAAGAAAUUGUGGGAUUUCAGCAUGAACUUGGUCGAGUGAUUACAUUACGUACUGUAAUAUGGUAGAUUGUCUAUGUACGUCCCAGUCUUUCAUUUCUUCCUGACAGGAAGAAAGACAUUCUAGUUUCGUACUCUGUCACGUCCGGUAUGAAUUAUCGGCAAAACAUAAUUGAUACAUCGGAUACUCUGAUUAGGUUAAUUUAAACAUCGAUGCGCUACGACGACAAUGAAUGGUCAAAGUCGGGUAGUUCUCAGUUA